AUGAAUUAUAGGAGCCUGGUGCUGUCAAGAAAGCGCAAAUUAAGCGAACUCUUCUCUAUCGUUGUCUCCGUCGAAGACCCAACCUACAAGCAGAAACUCCAGGCCUUUCAUGAUGCAAAUGACCUAGAAAAAGGGCGUCGCUUCGACGAAACAACAAUCCCACCUAGAAUCCAUAUAACUCUUCCACCUCGAAAACAUGAGCCUGCGCAACCGCGUGCAGUACCUCCAUCGCCCUCUCUUGCGGCGCAGCAAUCAUUAGAUGCAUCAAACACCACUCCGCCGUCACCUCAAGGGUCCAAAGCCGCUCCUAAACCGAUCCCACCAGAACAGCCCGCGACUGGGCAGGAGUCGCAUGACAUAAACAAAGGCGAUGAAGGCAUCGAGGUUACAAUUGACGAAAGGGGUGGGACAGAUCUCCAAGGGGCCACUGUAGUAGCAGUUAACGCGCAGAAAGACGAGGCCAGCACGCUCCCCAAUCUUCCCAACUCCGACGGUGAAUUGAAGUCCCCGGUACCUCAGUCUGUCAAGGGAACUCCUCUUAGACAAACAUCUAACGUCGAGUCUGAGCCUCCGAGCACGCUGACAGUCGUUACUGGACUAUCGGAAGAUACAGAACCCCGCUCAUCCAUUGCCGUCGACCGUCAACUCAGUCGAAGUCCUCUUCUCGUCCCGAUCCCAGCAGCUGCCGAGCCACAAUCCUCGCCAGCUUCCACAAAUGGGCCAGACUCGUCUAACACCCCUGCACCGACAGCUGGAUCGCCGGGAACGAGUCCUGGUAUUGAUGUACCCCUUGUUACAUCCGAGAUUGCCCACGAGGGCAAGCCUUUGGAUGCUGAGCAUGCGGGCUUGGAACGAUCACCUCCCUCGCCGGAAGCUAAGAACCCGCACGGCGCAAGUGGAAGUCAUGCUCCCUCUGCUGACGUCGAAAUAACCGGAAUGGUCAACGCAGGAUCCAUGAAUUCAACUUCUGAUGUUCAUAGUAAGCUUCCUGCAGAGGCAUUAGCUGCAUCACAGACCCCGCGACCGAUGAUGCGGAUAGACACUCAGGCAGAGAACGACGCAUAUUUCAAAGCACGGCCUGGGAGUGGAAUUGUCGAAAGUCCAGCCCCAAUAACCGGCACAACUCCUAAGAAGAAUAUGCCCGCGACGCCGUCAUCUCAGGAGCCUGCGAAACGCGCAACGAGGAUCUCAUCUGGUGUGUUGCAGAAGAAAUCUGUAUCGGAAAUUCUUGGUGAAAUGCCGAAGACCUCAACCCCCCCGGCAGAUUCCCCAUCGUCAGCGAUCCACCGCGAUGCACAUGGUGGCACAACUUCUCAGGGUCGACUAACCGAACGCGACCGUCGCGACAAAGAACGCAGCCGGCUAUCAACAGUGGUUUUUGCAAAACCUCAAAAACCUGCAUUCGAUGAGGAGAAUCUUGAGUUGACGCGCAUCGGCGAUGGUGAAGCCCAGCGAAGAACAGGGCCUGGCGAGAGGGAUUACCUCUAUACUUUGUUCGAGAACAAGGCACACUCGAUGUCUCGACAGACCACCAUGUCUUACCUCAUCCAAAAUGCCCACAAGACACUGUCAACUUCGGAUCAUUUGAUUGAGUACGAGUCAUCUGCGGAAUGUCGGAUAUUGAAACGACUCUACCAACUACAAGAGAAGCAACGCUGGCCUCUCCGGCAGUAUAGGCGUGCUGACGAAGCAGCUAGACCAACCUCUCAUUGGGAUUUUCUGCUUGAUCAUAUGAAGUGGAUGCGCACCGACUUCAGGGAAGAGCGAAAGUGGAAGCUCGCAGCUGCCAGAGGGCUCGCAGAAUGCUGUGCAGAAUGGGUCACGAGCUCCCCCGAAGACAGAAAACGUCUACAAGUGCGCGUUCGACCACCAAAGUAUCUGCCCGGGAAUACCGGUUCUGAGGACGUGGCUAUGGAAGACGGUUCUGGACCAACCCUGUCUUCGCACCCCACGCCCGAGCUGGUGCCCUCCAACGAGGACGACUCCGUAAGCGACGACAUUGCAGACCCGCGAGAGGUGCAAAUGUCCAGUGCUCCGGCCGCGAUAUUCUCUUUGGGUGCUUCUGACUUCAGCUUCGCCGUCGACAAAACUCCUGCUCUAGACAAGCUUUUAAACGAGUUACCCCUCUACGAGCCAUCAAUUGCCAACCUAGAUCAUUCUAUAUCUAACUUGGGAGAACGGCUCGAUGCGAAAUGGAAAACAGAUAUUGUUCCUGUUUCGAGGUGGGCCACCGAAAAGCUCCCGGUCAAGGAGUAUAGGCCUCCAAUGAAACGCAGCCGGUACGAUUACGAGCCUGACCCUUCACCAAAGAAGAAGUCAGAGCCGCUUCCACCGGAGGAGACGAACGUUGCGUUGUUCAUGCCUGAGAACAAAGCAAUCCGAGACAGGAUACACCCUGGACAUUCUUUCCGCCCGCCAUCAGAACAUCCCAUGCCUACUCAAGCCUUCUUCGAGACGCGGUCGUCAUCGCAAUGGACCUCUGCGGAAGACGAUGAACUCAAGAGACUCGUUAAGGAUUAUUCCUACAAUUGGUCCCUCAUUUCCAGCUGUCUUACUCCCCCAAGUUUGUAUACGUCAGGUGCCGAUAGACGGACACCAUGGGAAUGCUUUGAGAGAUGGAUUGGUUUGGAAGGUCUACCUGCGGAUAUGUCAAAGACGGCCUACUUCAAGACGUACUCGGGAAGAAUUGAGGCAGCGGGGAGAAAUGUGACUGCUCAGCUUGAGGAAGCCCAAAGAAGAGCGGGCGCCAACGUUCAGAUCUCGGCACGAAAGAGGACGACACAGCCUGUCAGAGUCGAACGGAAGAGGACCCAACGACAUCUUGCUAUGCUCGAUGCUAUGCGGAAGCUGGCCAAAAAGCGAGAGACAGCUCUUCAGAAACAACAACAUCAAGCCGACCUUGCUGCCAUGCGCAAAGUCAACGAUGCCAAUGUGCCCAAACCCUCUUAUAAGACCCCGGCGGAGUUCUCGCAGCUCAAGCAGGAGCGCGAGCAGAAACUUGCGGAACGGCAAGAGAUAUAUCGGCAGCAGCUCAUUGCACACCAACGUGCCACGGCACAGCAACAACGUGGCCAGAAUGGUCAACCCAAUGGCUUGCCAAAUAGUAUACCUGCUGCUGGACCGGGGAUGCGUGCUCCAUCCGCAACCGGCGUACCUGGAAUGCCAAACGGCAACAUGCAAAUGCCCAAUGGCCAUCCCCGUCAUCCAGCCAUGAUGGCCGCAAUGCAAGGGAAUAUGCAGCUACCACCUGGUAUGAUGGCACCGAAAAUAACCCCACAAAUGCAAGCACAGAUGCAAGCGCAACUCGCCGCCCGUGGUGGAGUAACUUCGCCACAGCAGAUGCGCAUGCUCCAGGAAGCCACCAGAGCGCAACAAGAACAGCUUCUGCGACAGGCCCAAGCUCAGAGUGGUUCUCAUUCUUCGCCGAACAACCCUCAUGCCGCUCUCGCAAAUGGCCAAGGCAUGAAUAAUGCCGCUUAUCGUGCUGCCAUGGCCGCUGCUACCGCAAACGGGAAUGCAUCCCCUUCUGGCCACAUGAACGGAAGCUCACCUCGUCCCAACACCGCUAAUUCCGGCCAGGCUUUAUCCAGUGGACAUGUUCCUGUACUGACGCAGAUCGCUAACAAAAUUCGAGAACACCAUCCCAACUUGUCAGACGAGGAGGUACAACGGCUUGCAUCGCAGCAGCUCCAAACCUAUCAACACCAAGCAACAGCUGCCGCCGCAGGGCAGAAUCACAAACGUCCUCAGCCUCACAACCAGGCGGCGUUGAAUGCGGCUCUUGGUGCUGUCAAUGCUGGAAAUAAUGCCUCUGCUGCCGCGGCUGCCGCUGCUGCCGCACAACUUGGACAUCCAAAUAUGAUGACCAAUGAGCAAUUGCAACAAUAUAACCAGCGAAUUAGGAUGCAACAAGCUCAACAACACGCGGCGCGAAACUUGCAAGCGAUGCAGAUGCAGCAAAUGGCCGCCAUGCCUAAUGGGAUGGCAAACUCGCCUGUAAUGAACAUGGCUCGGCCAGUAAGCCAACACGGAAACCAAGGGCAAAUGAGUCGCAGCGCAACACCGAGAGACCAGCGCAGCUCCAGCCAGAGUAAUGUUAAUGGCAACGGGCCUGGGCAACAGAGCAGCCCGCGACAGGCGGCGCAGAGCAUGCAGACAUGA